UUGGUUAUCGCGGGUAUGGAAGCGUCACCUCUCACCCGUCAGCCUCCGCCGGAGGUCUUUACUCCAAAGAUCAUUCAGCUGUAUGAUUCUCUGUUCAAGGAUGACUUUGACGAGGAAAAGACUGAGGGCUUCUGGGCGGAGUUCUUUCUACUGCGACCCGAUCGAGCGGCCCUGCGACGCCUCCUGAACGAGCUGAGCCCGAGCGAUGUGCUGCAGUUCGAGGUCCGAACGAGGGAGCUCUUUGCUAGAGCUAUAGCUUCAGUCAAGGGCGGGAACAGCUUUGCGCAACUACAUGCGCUAGAUACCCUCAGCGUCUUCCUGUCAUGCCUCCUAUCCAAGCGGUACCCGCACCCUAGCUCCGAUAUCAUGGUUCUCCUCGCCGGCCUCGACCACAUCGACAACGUCUUUACCGAAUUUGUCGGAGCGCUAGAAAACAUAACCAGGAACGGGAAAGACUUGGAAACACGAUACAAGGCGAUCGAGGUGUUGCUUGCGGUUACGGCGGGGGCGUAUCAGACAACGCUGUUGACUUACCUCAUUCAGAGAGAUCUAUUCCCCUCGGUUAUGAAGUUUAUCCAAGACUCCGAGUCAUCCAACCAAGUCCUUGAACCGUUUAUCCUGCUCGGCCUCCUAGCCAACUACAACAAGUUCGAGUUCCAGAAUCCGUACCAGCUGCGGCUAAACGACUUUGUCAACGAGUCCGCCAUUCAAAAGAUUGUCAACUGCAUAGGGCAGUCGUGCCAGACGGUGCGGUCUCGGUACAUCAAGAUCCAGGAUGACCUGCCUGAAGGCUGGACCUUUAGUGCGACUCUCAACAUGCUUGGACUUGGUGCGAUUGCUCCUGGGCCUAAGCCGGUGAGGAAACCUGUUUAUGAUGUAGAGACUGCCAAGGCUCUAUUCACAAAGUUACCGGAGGAAGAAGCUGCCAUUCUUCUGGCAACAUACGACUUCACUCACGCAAACAAGCUAUUUUGCUUUAAUCUAGUGACGAUGGGGGCGGAAAAGGGUGCUGAACAGCCCAUUGCUAGCUACCUUUCUCUCACCUCCUAUCUCCUCCAGCACGCUUAUCUGUCACCCCGUGCUACCUACUAUGCCCACCUCAAUCUCAUGGUGUUCCGCCUCCUCAUCGAAGAUCCUGUCAUCUGCAAGCGGAUGUGCAGCGAAGACUCGAAGGUACCGGUGCGCCUGUGCCGGCAACGGCAGCCAUAUCUCCCCCUAGUCAAGGGCGAGAGAGUCCUGGCCAUCUCACUACUCGACACCAUGAUCGACGGCAUCAACCAUAAUCUCCGUCGACGUCUGGAUGUCAGCCUCUACUCACUCUGCUUCGGGAUCAUGCUCCGUGUCAUCUCGUACCUCUCUCGCACGCGAACUCGUCUUGAAUACCACUGGCCCGAGUUCUUCCGCUCUCUGCUUUCCAUCGUUCGCUUCUUGGCUACUUACACGGCCGACCUGAAGGAUCUACCACACAUCGACACCCUCCUUGACCACGUUGUUAAUCUCAUCGCCUUGUCUCUGUCUGCUGGUGAAGCCUUCCUUCCGACACCAGCGGCGUACGACGACCUCUUCUACAAGGUGGUAGAGUCGGGCGAGGUGUUGACAAAAUUCAAGGAGAACUACAGAUUGGGGAACCGCAACACUAACUCAAUCGACACGCUCAUCAAUGUCAGCGCACACUACAACCAGCUGCUGUCCGAGGGUGGUGCCGCGCGGCGUAAGCCUAGCGGGCUGACGACGCAGGAGGUGACUGAGGUGAUCCGGCAAGGGUACGAAACACUGAGCAUCCAGGCCAAGGAAGGAUUGGACUCGUGGGAACGGUACCGAGAGGCAGAUGAGAGGACCCUCCUCAAGAAGGUGGCGAGGGCAGCGGUUGGGGACGUGAGGGUCAUGGUUGAGCGGUAA